UUAGACAAUAUUUUUAAAUUUUAGUUUGAAUUUAAAUUUUGAGUGGGGUAUAAGUCGUAUCUAAAUCUAAGUUAGACUCGUUUGGAUUAAGGUGGAACUGUUAUAAAACUGUAAUCGUAAGAUUAAUUGCAAUACGCGUGAGGUGACUAUUUGACAACCCGUGUUCGUAAAAAAAACUUAGUUAUUGCAAUGUUUAAUGUUGAUUCAGAAAGUUCUAAUACUUCGUCAUGUUUUGUGUGGCCUGAAUGUGACCCGAAAAGAUUACAAGAUGUUAUUCGACAUGCUUCAUUAACUCUGUCGAAAUCUGAUAUUGAUAAUGACUUUUGUGUCAUUCGUUGUGGAUCAUGUGAUAACAGCAUUGAAACAUUGGAGCUCAAGAAUACUUGUCAUCAUGGUAAUGUUUCACUUGUAAGGUUUUUUCUGCGUCUCUGUCGUCAGUAUAGUCUGUUUGAAAACAGGCACACUACGUUUUUAAGUGACAAGGACCAUCUAUUAGCCUUGCAGCUAAGUAUAGCUGGACUAAAUAAAAAGGAUAAAGGAGAAUAUGGAGUGAUGGCUAGUGAAGUAAUUUUUGCUCACAACAACUAUAUGAAACUGUAUUGUGAAGACACAUGCCAGCCAGAAGAAGGUGCAGUGGUUGAUAUAACACUUCAAACCUAUAUGGACUUUUUAAAACUUGGCAAUCUUAUUGAUCUUUGGAAAAUGGCAAGCAUACUGGAGAAAAAUAUGGCUGAAAAUCAGGACUUAGCUCAUUUUGUCAAGAAAUGCAAUUUUUUGUUGUGUGGUAGACCAAACAAUAAACCUGAAAGAAAUCUGGUCAGUCUCCUUUGUAAAGACAAAGUUGUAUAUCAUGUUACUGUGGAAACCCCUCUUGAUACCAGUCUUCAUGACGGUAGUGUCUUAGAUGACGAAAGAGUAGGGAUUAUGGUGGAACUGAUUGAAGAGAAGAGCUUGUCAUCAGUUUUGUUCAGUGGUUUUUCUUCUAUUAGUAAUCAAGGGUUGCCUUCAGCACAUGAGGAUUAUGUAGAACAAGUAAUGACUGCAUUCAUCAGACUUUUGGUGAACAGUCGUGAUGAACUAGCUCUAGCUAUGGCCAUUACUUCACCACUGGUUGGUCUCAGUCAUGCUGCCUUUACUCACUUAAAACACAGGUCAAUGGAGACUGGGAUGCCAAUGUGCCAGACAGCUGUCUCGUAUGUGAUGAAACUUCGUCUUGGUGGUAAAAGUUAUGCACCUCCUUUGAAUUGUUCCUUGCGCCCUUACACUAAAGGUCUUGGAAUUUUUGUGGAUGUCUUAAAUUCACUACAGAUAAUAAUGGAGGAAGAUUUCUCAACUGAGUCAGCUGUCAGAAGAAUACUUAAUAUUCUUAAGAACAAGUUCUUAAAACUUGCUGUACCUGACAUCAAGGCCAACAGCAUUGAGACUGUUUUUGAAAAGCUGCAUGUACUCACUGUUGAUCUCCUUAGAAAACAAAGAAACAACUUGCUAAGUCUAGAGCAAGGAAUCCAUACAACCACAAUGCUAGGGCAGUCAACAUUUCUAGUGUUGAGGGAACUAAUAGACUGUGUUAAUACAUCAACAGUUCAUCUUGAUCCAAUGACCAUCCUUAGUGGCUCUGGCCAGCAGAGGACCCCAAUGACCAUUCCCAGUGUGUUUGCAUAUUUCAGAUCUCCUGAAGAUUUGAUAGAGAAUACUGAAGAUGUGAAGCCUCUGAGAUUACGCCAAACUGAAAAGAGCCAAUUAAAGAAAGUUGUGGUGAAACAGUUUUCAUUUUCUGAACCAAAGGAGACUGAAGAAUCUAAAAAUGUAUUGGGUCAUUGUGUGGAAAAAGACAUAGCAUUACCUCUUCGGGUUGACAGUCCAGAGAGAGAGAUGCCAUCUGCUAAAGUGGAAACUUCUACAGGUGAUCUGGUCAUUCUUUCCAAAAACACAAAUAUCUGUGUUUCAAGACAUGGAGGAGAGAAGAAGAGCAAAAUGUCAUCUAAACAAUCGAAAAUAGCUGCAAAAAGGUUGUUUCUCAAAGACAUUACAAAUGAGCCAUUGUCUAAAGUGUCAAAGAAAAAUAUAUUGAAUAAUGAGUCCACCUCCAAAACUUCCACUUCCAAGAAAAAUAGUGCACCAAAGAAAAUUGGUAAUAAAGUUCCGAAGUUAGCUAAAGGUGGAAUAAUCAAAGGCCAAGGAAAAAUUACAAGGUUCUUUCAAAUAACUUAAUGCUUUUUUUAAUAGGAAAAAUAAUUAUGUAUUCAACUUGUGUUCUUUUAUUAUUAAUGUAUAUUUUAAAGACUAAAAGAUAAUUUUCUCAUUUAAACAGAUAAAUAAUUUUAUCUUACUGUAGUUUAUAAAAAUUUGAUUAACGAAAUGCAUUAUAAUUGUGUUAAUCACGGCCGAACACCGCCUACAUUUUUUUUAAUCAUGUGCUGAGAAUUAUUUUCUUAUAUUAUUGGCAGUUUAAUGACAUUGAUAGUGUAUUUAAAAGUGUAAAUUUUAAUGACUGAUCCAACUUUAUUAAAUAUUUUACAUUAAACGACAGUAUUAAUUAAUUUACUC